GACCGAUUUAUACCGUUUAUACCUCAAGAGUGUGUCGAACAUCAGUGAACGAAUUGUGUGAAUUGUCAAAUAAAAAUAAUAAAAUUUUAUUGUUCGUGUUGAAACAUGGGAAAAAAGAAAGGAAAGUCGAACCCUUCGACAGAAGGUCAGUCUCAAGGAUCGUCUCAGCAGCAAGCUCCGUCUCAGCAGCAACGACCUCAGCCACAGCAACAAGCUCCGACUCAGCAGCAACGACCUCAGUCACAGCAGCAAGGUCAGACUCAGCAGCAGCGACCUCAAUCUCAGCAGCAAGCUCAGACUCAGCAGCAGCACCCUCGGUCACAGCAGCAAGGUCAGGCUCAGCAGCAGCGACCUCAAUCUCAGCAGCAAGCUCAAACUCAGCAGCAGCGACCUCAAUCACAGCAACAAGCUCCCAAUCAGCAGCAGCGACCUCAGUCACAGCAACAAGCUCCGAAUCAGCAGCAACGAGCUCAGUCACAGCAACAAGCUCCGAAUCAGCAGCAACGAGCUCAGUCACAGCAGCAAGCUCCGAACCAGCAGCAGCAAGGUCGUUCUCAGCCCCAACAACAAUCUACUCAAAGAAGACCACGUCCUAAAACCACCGAAGAUAAACCGAAAAACGACGACGCAAAAACAUCUUCAACACGACAAGAGAAACCCGCGGCAUGGACACCCGAAUAUCCUAAUUUAGGUCAACAAACCCAACCGCAAUCGUCUCAGUCGACGCAGUCAACAAAUCAAACAGCACCGUUUGCAUGGGGUGCGACGCAACAAGCGCAACAAAUGACUACACCAUUUAUGCAGAGUGUUGCCCAAUCGCAGGCUUCAUUGACAGCUCAACAAAGAUCUGUUAGAAGCAAACCAAGGCCGAAAACUGAAGAACAACCAACGCAUAUCGACACGAAGGCAUCAUCAUCACAAUCCCAAGCAUGGGUUCCGGAAUAUGCAUUUCCUGCGUCUGACACUUCGAAUAAUCAACCGACAGAUAAACCGCCUAGUCAACCACCAGCAAAGUCUCGGCCAACUCAACCGCCCAGACAACAAGCGCGAGGCGGUGCUUCAUCGACGAGUACCCUCGAUGAAUCCAUGGACAAGCUGUCCUUAUCAAACGUUUCAACUGCUUCUUCUUCAAGUGUAUCGUCGAAACAUUCCUCAGCGGCUGCCAUUCCAACAUCUGCUCUCAUACCUCUUACCCCGUACAAGGGAUGUGGAACAAGAGGUCAAAAAGUGAAUGUCGAUGUAAAUUUUUUACCGUUAUUGAUCGACAAGUUACUUUCGACCGUUUAUCAGUACGAUGUUACCAUUGAACCAAAUUUACCGAAACGCAUGCUGCCGUACAUUUUCGAAACAUUUCGUAAGAACAAUUUCCCGAACAUUUUCGUUGCAUUUGACGGGCAGAAAAUCGCAGUUUCACCGAAAAUUCUACCGACCAGUACUAAGCGAGAGACUAAAGUGGUUGACGAAAAUGGUAGAGAUCGGGUUUAUAUGGUCGCAAUAAAGGAAGCUAAUGACAGCAAAAUCGAUUUUCAAUCGCUGAAAAUUUACACUAAUAUGCGACAAUUUGAUGCUCCACUACGGGCAAUGCAGAUGUUGGAAAUUGUGCUGAAGUCACCGUUCUGGAAUAAAAAUGGGGUUCAGGCGGGUCGAUCAUUUUAUAUGUGUCCAUCCAAGCGAUUCGAUCUUGGUGAUAAUUAUGAAUUGUGGACAGGACUGUACCAAGCGACAGUGCUUGGCUCGCGACCCUAUCUCAACGUUGACAUAGCCCACAAGGCAUUUCCAAGCGCAAUGUAUGUCAUAGAUUUAUUGGACGAGAGAACUAAUUUGCAACGGGAUCUGGAAUAUCGUGAUAAGAAUUCACUUCAGUCGCACUUGAACGGAUUGAUGAUACGAUAUGCAAUGCCGGGUAAUGAAGCAUCGGCUCGAAACUACAAAUUUCUUGGACUGAGUGCCAAUUCCAGGACGCAUAAGUUUAAGAGCGACCAAGACAAAAAGGAGUAUACAAUCGAGCAGUACUUCCGAACACGUAACGUCACCAUCAAAUAUCCGCUGUUGCCAACGUUGAAAUUGGGAAAUGCAAUCAAAAAUAUUACGGUGCCGAUGGAAUUUUGCUCAGUUGCUGGAAAUCAGGCAGUAAAUAAAAAAUGCACCGAAAAUCAGACGAGAAACAUGAUAAAAGUGGCAGCAACUAGCACUGAUGUCCGCAAAGAUAAAAUAAUGGAAAUGUUACAACGAAUUGCUCACAAUCAAUCACCGACACUGAAAGAAUUCGGAAUAGAAGUGGGUAAUGGCUUUACAAAUGUUCCAGCUAGAAUUUUACCGGCCCCCACUUUGGAAUACAAAGACAAUAGAACUAUUGUGCCGGCCAAGGGACAAUGGCGCAUCGAUGGUUUGCAGUUUUUGACACCCAUGUCAAUGACUAGAUAUGCUGUGUUGGUUAUGGACAGAUAUGUGCAAGACAAUUCCGUUCGUUCGUUCUGUGAGUGUAUAAAUCGAAUCGGUCGUUUCCAAGGCAUGAACAUUGACACGCAAUACCAGAUCUAUCGUUUGGAUUCAAAUUCCAGAACCAUUAGAGAGGAACUAUGUCGCGAAAUGUCCAAGAUGAUCGAAAAGAAUAUCGAGUUAUUGUUUUGCGUUAUUCCCGAUCGGGGUGGUUCCUAUGCACUAGUUAAACAGUGCGCUGAACUUGAGUGUGGCAUUCUUACGCAAUGCAUCAAGCAGUUUACAAUAACACGCAAAGGAACAGACCAGAGUACGGUGUCAAACAUUCUACUGAAAGUGAAUGCUAAACUAAAUGGCACAAAUCACAAAUUAGCCCCGGUUUCUCGCACACCGAUAAUGGCAAGACCAUUUAUGCUAAUCGGUGCAGAUGUAACACAUCCAUCACCUGGCCAAGAGAAUAUUCCCAGUGUAGUUGGUGUUGUUUCAUCGCACGAUACUCAAGGCUUUAAAUAUAACAAAUGCUGGAGGCUUCAAGAUCCCAAGCAGGAAAUGAUCAGUGACUUUGACCAAAUACUGAUGGAACAUUUGGAGUACUUUGAAAGGCAACAUAAACGUUUACCCGAUGUUAUUCUAUACUUCCGGGAUGGAGUCUCUGAAGGACAGUUCCAACAGGUGCUGACCAUUGAACUAAAUGCUAUGUACCGCGGCUGCCAACAGUACAAGCAGGGAUAUAAACCGAAAAUUACGUUCAUCGUUGUACAAAAACGGCAUCACACUCGAUUCUUUCCGCCUCCCAAGUCGAACUUGGGACGGGAAGACCGUAAGAAUAACAACGUCCCAGCCGGCACCAUUGUCGACAAGGAAAUAACACACCCAACCGAAAAUCAGUUCUAUCUCGUCUCGCACCAGAGCAUACAGGGCGUGGCUAGGCCGACCAAAUAUUGUUUGCUGAGAGACGAUUCGGAUUUUCCGAUCGAUGAAUUGCAAGCAAUAACGUACAAUUUAUGCCACUUUUUUGCAAGGUGCACACGGUCGGUUUCGUAUCCAGCUCCAACUUACUACGCUCAUUUGGCUGCUGCACGGGGUCGUGUUUACAUUGAAGGGAAAAAUAUCAACAUGAGCCGACUAGACAAAGAGUUUAAGAACUGUACUGUCAAACAGCAGAUCAGUAAGAAUCAUCCGAUGUACUUCAUUUAAAUCGGUCAAGUAGUGUAACCAAGCUGUAUGAUACGGAUUAUUGUUCAUAGGAUGUUAAAUUAAUUCAUUUUCAUUACAACAGCUUUCUUCGGACACUGAGGAGCUUCUACCUUAUAUUGUUCAUUUUAAUUGUUUCUUUUCAGCUUGUUGCAAGUUGUACAUAAUUAAUUAUAGCUGGACACUGUAUCGCCAACAUAAUGAAACAAUGUCCAGUUCAUUUCUAACAAAUAAAUUUUCAAUUUUUU